AUGGUCACAGAAAUUGGAAACCCUCGAUAUCCGCCUCCCUUGGGUGAAUCCGAUCUUCGCGGCCGUCGGAGGAUCCCUCACCAGAAUCAACCGCGUUUGGAUCCUUUGAAGAUCGAACCACGCGUACCGCGAAUCAACCCGAUCCCGCGAUCGACACCGAACUCUCCCCGCUCGGCACACCCACCGCGUUCGCGUUCUCCUCUUCCGCCAGUAAAUUAUCCUGCGGUCGAGGAUCGCCCAUGGAUCCCAGAAUCGCUAAGGGCUGGGUCGCCCCAAGGCCGAGAAGACUGGAGAGCGAAAACACCUACCGGUCGCAAUUCCCCUUACACGCCCCCCGGAGACCGACAAACCCCGACAUGGUAUACUGGUGAUAACGAUUUUGACCGGCCAGCCCAGCGCAAAGCCCCGCCUGCCAGGGGCGGUUUGCGCAUUUCCAUGUCGACUUCCAGGCUACAUAGCAGGCGGCCCAGACCCCAGGAGUCCCCAGACUGUCGCCAGGAAUUGAAACCACACGAUCUGCCAUUGCCGCGCUUCCCUUCUAGCGGACCUGCAGACGAAGAUACUCUCAGAACCAGUGUCAAUUCGACCUUGACUUCGCGGUCCAGUGUAGAGCAAAACAGCGGUACUGAGCGCAGCAGCGUUCUUACCAAAAGCAGCUCCAUCACCGAUCUUUCACCCGAUACCCCAGACGCUCCUUAUAUGGAUGGAGGAAUGAGUGUUGAAGAUGCGAUUUCAAUGUACCUGGAUGGCUUCAGCGACGUGACCGAGGAACCUCCUUCUCCUAAAUCCUACACCGAGAGCAAGGCCCCGUCAAUAACACCGCCCCCAUCAAGAGAUUCGCGCUUGGACGACAUUUAUCAUCCCAAUACGAGAUCGCUGGACGACAUUCCUCCCAUUCCUCCUUUGCCACAGCCAACCUCGCUCGAGCCUACGGCAUUUGAGGCGCUACCAUCAGAGCGUCCUGCCUCAGAGCCCGUUCCGACGAGUCCACCACUACCACCGCCCACUCUCCAUUUUGAACCGACACCCCUCACGUCCCCAACUUCCGACAACCCGUCCAAGUUACAGGCUUUCCACAAGCGACAGCAGUCGCGCAUCAUCAUUCCAGGGCCGGUCCCACCCCCUCUCAUGCCUGGAAGUGAGACUCGGGAUGAAUAUGGGUUCCGCAAAGCCACCCAGUACGUUACGUCGGAAAUGUACAAAGCUUGGAAAGGCCCGUAUUCCAACUAUGCGGGUCAUCGACAGACGAAGUGGCACGAAAUGCUCAAGGAGCAUGGGUUGAGCUCAGAUAACCCAACUGUGUUCCCAGCGCAGUCCAACAAGGUCAAACGUUUCGUGCGAAAGGGAAUCCCAUCCGAGUUCCGGGGUGCAGCGUGGUUCUGGUAUGCCGGCGGGUACGAGCUGCUGAACCGACACGUUGGACAUUAUGAAGACCUCGUGCAAAAGGUGAUGAACUCGCCGAGCAAUGAUGAUAAAGAGCACAUUGAACGAGACCUUCAUCGCACUUUCCCGGAUAACAUGCAUUUCAAGCCGGAAGGCACGGACGCUGCCCAGUCUGGCAGCAGUAAUCCCAAAUAUGCGGAUAUCCCGACAGAGACGCAGAUGAUUCAAUCCCUUCGCCGGGUGUUGUAUGCUUUCGCGCUCCACAACCCCAAGGUUGGCUACACGCAGUCGCUCAAUUUCAUUACCGGCAUGCUCCUUCUCUUCCUUCCUGAGGAAAAGGCAUUCUGGAUGCUGCACAUCAUCACCUCCGACUAUCUACCCGGAACCCAUGAAAUCAGUCUGGAGGGUGCAAACAUUGAUCUCUGGAUCCUUAUGGUUCUUCUCCGGGAUUCUAUGCCCGCCAUUUAUGCUAAGAUCGCUAGCAUGGGCGGGACAACAGCCGGCCGCAAGACGCCUCCUCUUACCGUCAACUCGCGACUGCCAGACAUUACUUUGGGAUUAACGAACUGGCUCAUGUCGGUGUUUAUUGGUACUUUACCACUGGAGACCACGCUGCGAGUCUGGGACGUUUUCUUUUACGAGGGCUCCAAGACGUUCUUCCGUGUCUCGCUCGCCAUCUUCAAGGCCUGCGAACGAGAGAUUCUCGCAAUUUCCGACCCGAUGGAAGUUUUUCAAGUGGUGCAAACCGUGCCUAAGAAGUUACUUGAUGUUAAUGCCUUACUUGAUGACUCCUUCAUGCGACGCCAUCGAGUCGGACAAGGUCGAAUUGACGAGCUGAGGGCGGCACGACGCACAGCUGUCCGGCAGGAAAAAUUGCGCCGGUCGGCGGCCUUCGGCAAAGGUCAGAUUCAAGCAGCCACCGAUGAUUUCGGAGCACGUCCACGCAAUGGCCAUCCUCGUGUCAUGGACUCUCUCCGCAAUCUCAAGCAACAAACGUUCCGAUAG